AACAUCAUGUCAAUCAUCAGCGCCAGCGUGUCUAUUAUUCUAUUAUAGCGGCAAGUACGCGAACUGACCAUGGUUGUUAGUCGCCUCCGGUGCCACGCGGAGUACCACGCGAUCCACGCGAUACGCGUUGUUGGUCGGUGCUAGUUGGUAUCGGUAGGCCAGGGUUUUUUCGUGCCGGGUGCAAAAAGCCGGCAUCGUUUGCGGGUUUGCGUGCGGAGGCUGUGCGGAUUACGCCGCACACACGAGGUGCAUCAACACCGUUCAUGUGUUUUUAGAUAAGUGCCGUGCACGGCGAUUACAGAGAAAUGUCUGAAGGAGGCACGCAAGCUUUGCCAACUGGACCAUUGCCCGGUGUUUCGUACCCCAUCGAAGUGAUCUACUGCGGGGAGUGCUCUAUGCCGCUUGAGUAUUGCGAAUACUAUCCGGACUCGCAAAAGUGCAAAGAGUGGCUUCAAAAGAACCUUCCCGAGGAAUUCGAGCGGCGACUAAACCUCAGUGACACACCGCAGACUGGAGCGGGCGGUGAUGAAGAGAAGAAACGACAAAAGCGUGGUGGCAAAGGAAUGGUUAAAGCCAAAAAGAGGGUGGAAAAAGACAAGCGAAUUUGCCUGUCCAGAGCGUCGCGGGGAAAGAAGAAGUUUGUGACUGUGGUGACCGGAUUGAGUACCUUUGAAAUUGACCUAAAGGAUGCAUCAAAAUUCUUCUCCCACAAGUUCUCCUGUGGUUCGUCGGUGACUGGUGAUGAUGAAAUUGUCAUUCAGGGCGAUGUAAAAGAUGAUAUUUUUGAUGUCAUCACUGAAAAGUGGCCAGAAAUUGAUGAAGACCUAAUAGAAGAUCUCGGAGAUCAGUCUCGCUAGGUCUGUACAGAAUAAAAUGGUAUUGCCAAUGCUUCUCUUGCUGGCAAAAAAAAAAUAA